AUGAAGGAAUCUCAAGUAUAUUUAGAACUAAAUAGAUCUCGCCAACAUGAUUUCCUAUACCCACUUAUUUUUCGGGAGUAUAUUUAUGCACUUGCUUAUGAUCAUGGUUUAAAUAAAUCGAUGAUUUUGUUGGAAAAUGAGGAUUAUGGUAAUAAAUUCAGUUCACUAAUUGUGAAACGUUUAAUUAUUCGAAUGGAUCAACAGAAUCAUUUGAUUAUUUCUGCUAAUGAUUCCAACCAAAAUCCAUUUUUUGGGCACAACAAUAAUUUGUAUUCUCAAAUGAUAUCGGCGGGAUUUGCAGUCAUUGUGGAAAUUACAUUUUCCUUACGAUUAGUAUCUUACUCACAAGGGAAAGAAGUAGCAAAAUCUCAUAAUUUACAAUCAAUUCAUUCAAUAUUUCCUUUUUUAGAGGACAAAUUCUCACAUUUAAAUUAUGUGUUAGAUGUACUAAUACCUCACCCCAUCCAUCUAGAAAUCUUGGUUCAAGCUCUUCGCUACUGGGUAAAAGAUGCUUCUUCUUUGCAUUUAUUACGGUUCUCUCUCUACGAGUAUUGUAAUUUGAAGAGUUUUUUUACUCCAAAGAAAUAUAUUUCUAUUUUUAAUCCAAGAUUAUUCUUGUUCCUAUAUAAUUCUCAUGUAUGUGAAUACGAAUCCAUUUUCCUUUUUCUCCGUAACCAAUCUUCUCAUUUACGAUCAACAUCUUCUGGAGUCUUUCUUGAACGAAUUUUUUUCUAUGGAAAAAUAGAGCAUCUUGUAGAAGUCUUUUCUAAUGAUUUUCAGAACAACCUCUGGGUGUUCAAAGAUCCUUUCAUACAUUUUAUUAGAUAUCAAGGAAAAGCAAUUCUAGCCUCAAAAGAUACGUCUCUUCUGAUGAAUAGGUGGAAAUAUUACUUUGUCGAUUUAUGGCAAUAUUAUUUUUACGUGUGGUCUCAAUCAGGAAGAGUCCGUAUAAAUCAAUUAUCUAAAUAUUCUCUCGACUUUCUGGGCUAUCUUUCAAGUGUGCGAUUAAAUCCUUCAGUGGUACGGAGUCAAAUGCUAGAAAAUUCAUUUAUAAUAGAUAAUGCUAUAAAGAAGCUGGAUACAAGAAUUCCAAUUAUUUCUCUGAUUGGAUCAUUGUCUAAAGCGAAAUUUUGUAACACAUUGGGGCAUCCCAUUAGUAAGCCGACGUGGUCCGAUUCCUCAGAUUCUGAUAUUAUUGACCGAUUUGUGCGUAUAUGCAGAAAUCUUUCUCAUUAUCACAGUGGAUCUUCAAAAAAAAAGAGUUUGUAUCGAAUAAAAUAUAUACUUCGACUUUCUUGUGUUAAAACUUUGGCUCGUAAACACAAAAGUACUGUACGUGCUUUUUUGAAAAGAUUAGGUUCGGAAUUUUUGGAAGAAUUCUUUAUGGAGGAAGAACAAGUUUUUUCUUUGAUGUUCCCAAGAGUUUUUUCUACUUCGCGAAAGUUAUAUAGGGGGCGAAUUUGGUAUUUGGAUAUUAUUUGUAUCAAUGUUCUGGUCAAUAAUGAAUGA